AUAACCCAAUAUCUGAAAAAAGAAACUGAACAAAGAAUAACUGAAUUGCCAAAGGAAAAAAAUAUUCCACAUGGAUUUACUAGUAGAUUCUAUCAAGCAUUUAAGGAACAAAUAAUUCCAAUUUUACAUAAUAUAUUUGCAUUAGUGGGAAAAGAAAUAACACUUCUAAUAUCUUUCCGUAAUACAAAUACUUCCCUGAUACCUAAAGUGGAGAGAGAUGAGGCAUGGAAAGAAAACUAGAUCUGUAUAACUAAUAAACAUUGAUGUUAUUAAGCAAAUAGAAUAUAAUAGAUUAGAAAGAAUAUAUAUAUAUAUAUUAUUUGGUUGACUUAUACACGGAUUUACUAUUAGGAAGACUAGAACUGUAAUAUCAUAUUAAUAAUACAAAUAAUUUAAAACCACAUGAUUUUGUUAAUAGAUACUGGAAAGACUUCUAAAAAAAUCUAACGCUCCCUCUCCACUAUAUUCUUCAUAUCUUCCUACAUGGUACAAAAUCUUAAAAAAAAAAAAAAAAAAAAAAAAAAAGACUUGUUUUUUUCACUCCAUCUAGUAACUGAUCCCUGUUUCCUUGCCUUUCCUGCUAAAUUUCUUGAAAUUUCUUUCUAUAUAUUGAUUCAGAGAGUUAGAUGUCAUAUGUGUCAUAUUACACUUAAAGUCUACAUACUCUUCUGCCUUCUAACUUCCCUGCUAAAAAAGACACUCACCUCAAAUCCCACCUUCUACAAAAGGAAGUCUUUCCCAGUCCCCCUUGCAGCAAUAGGCUCUCUGAGCCCCUCCAGGGCAAAGAGUGUUUUUGCUUUUCUUGUUAUUCUCAGUUUAGCAUACUGCUUUUGCACAUAGUAUGCAUUUUUAAAAUGUUUAUUGACUGGCUGACUUGGACAAGUCACUGCACUGCAUUUGCCUCAUCUGUAAAAUGAAGGAGUUAUUUGAGCUCUAAAACUUCUUCCAACUCUAAAUUCGACAAUCUCAUGAUUUAAUUAAAGGUUAUAUGCCUCUGUGACUCUGUUCUUCUGAAUAAUGUGACUUGAUCAAAAUGCUCAGUCUGUUCUAGGCAAUAAUUUUUGUGGUAACAGAUUAAUCCAGUAAAAGUUUUAACUUCACUGCAGUUGACUUUGUGUUCCAUCAGUGCUACUGCAAAAUUUGGGCUUAUAGGAUACCUACUAGUAACGGUUUCAUUUUUACCCUUACAGAAUUUAUAGAAGAAAUAACACAGAUUUCCAAAUGAAUAACAGAAAAGAAGAUAUGGAGAUUGCCUCCCAUUAUCGACAACUUCUUCGUGAGCUGAAUGAGCAGAGACAGCAUGGGAUCCUCUGUGAUGUUUGUAUUAUAGUAGAGGGGAAGAUCUUUAAAGCUCACAAAAAUGUUUUGCUUGGGAGUAGCCGAUACUUCAAAACGCUAUACUGCCAGGUACAGAAGACUUCUGAUCAGGCUACAGUUACUCAUUUAGACAUUGUUACUGCACAGGGCUUUAAAGCCAUCAUUGACUUCAUGUACUCUGCUCACCUUGCUUUAACCAGCAGGAAUGUUAUUGAAGUGAUGUCAGCUGCUAGUUAUCUUCAGAUGACUGAUAUUGUGCAAGCCUGUCAUAAUUUUAUAAAAGCAGCUCUUGAUAUAAGCAUAAAAUCUGAUGCAUCUGAUGAACUUGGAGACUAUGAAAUUGGGGCUCCUUCCAGCAGUAGUACUGAUGCAUUGAUUUCAGCAGUAGUAGCUGGUAGGAGUAUUUCUCCAUGGUUAGCUCGUCGAACAAGUCCAGCAAAUUCUUCUGGAGACUCAGCCAUUGCCAGUUGUCACGAAGGAGGAAGCAGCUAUGGGAAAGAAGAUCAGGAACCAAAAACAGAUAACCAUGAGGAUAUUUCUUCACAGUCUUUGUGGACUAGUGACAUGGGAUAUGGGUCAUUACGUAUUAAAGAAGAACAGAUUUCACCAUCACAUUAUAGUGGAAAUGAAUUGCGUACUGUCAAAGAUAGUUCGGUUCAGAACACUUUCUCAGAACAAAGCAUAGGGGAUGGUUGGCAACCCACAGGCCGUAGGAAGAAUCGAAAAAACAAAGAAACUGUACGUCACAUUACCCAGCAGGUAGAAGAUGACAGCCGGGCAAGUUCUCCAAUGCCAUCUUUUUUAUCUGCUUCGGGAUGGCCAUAUAAUAAUCGUGAUCCAAAUGCUGAUUUGACAGUGACAGAACCCAGCAGCUCUGAUAGCCGUGGGGAGAGAGCUGACCUCUAUGCAAAUGCUGAUGAGACCCUCCUUGGAGGAGAAGCUAGCUACCUGUCUCAGCCCCUCACCCCAGAGAAGGAAGAUGCACUUCACCAGGCUACAGCUGUUGCUAAUUUACGUGCGGCUCUCAUGAGUAAGAACAGCUUGCUGUCUCUCAAAGCUGAUAUGCUAGGAGAUGAUAGCUCUCUGCUGUUUGAAUACUUGCCGAAAGGCACACAUUCAUUAUCUCUAAAUGAAUUCACGGUGAUUAGAAAGAAGUUCAAGUGCCCAUACUGCAGUUUCUCAGCUAUGCACCAGUGUAUCCUGAAGAGACAUAUGAGGUCCCACACAGGCGAGAGGCCUUACCCAUGCGAGAUCUGUGGGAAAAAAUUUACCCGGCGGGAGCACAUGAAGCGACACACACUGGUUCACAGUAAAGACAAAAAAUAUGUGUGCAAAGUGUGUAACCGAGUCUUUAUGUCUGCGGCGAGUGUGGGAAUCAAGCACGGCUCCCGCCGCCACGGAGUGUGCACUGAUUGCUCAGGCCGAGGCAUUGCUGGCCACUUGGAUCAGAAUGGAGGCGAAGGCUCUCCCGACGAAUUGUACCCAGGAGAAAGUCAGUAUAUGGAGGAUCCAGAUGACAUCAAAGUGGAAGGCGACGAGGAAUUAGGUGACGACGAUGAAAUUAAGUGGAAAGAUGAUGUUGGCAUUUCCCAGGAUGAUGUGAUUUUAGAAGAUGACAAAGAGGAUGUUGAUUCUCCUCAGGAACACGAGAAUUCAGGGGAGCAUGACAAGGAUUUUACCUGGAUUUCAUAGGGAACUGGUCUUUGGGAGGAAGGGGUAGGGGAGGGAGGGAAGAAGGAAGGAGAGUGUGGAAAAGCAAAGUAGCCCUGUUGUUGUCCACAUGUGCAAGUUUUGUUUAUUUUUGUUUGAUUUCAACAAAUGUAAAGUCCUUUAACUGUUUAAUUCAGCUACUAGUAAAGGCCACUGUGAGUGGUAGAAUCUUCUUAUCCUUUUUCCCUACCUUCCCAGCUUCUUUCUGGUUACUUCCUUGGGCUCCUUCUCUUCUCCCUCACCUCCUAAAUCUGCCUUUGCCUCAAUAUGGAAGCAAUCCAAUUGCAUGCAAGUGACUUUAUUUCUGAAGAGAUGAGCUUUGCGAAUGGAGUGAGAAGUUGGGAGAGGGGAAUUUUUCUUAAAGGCAUGAGCUCCUUAUUUAAAAAACAAACAAAAAACCUUCCCCAUCUUAAAUCAAACACCAGGGGUUAAGGGGAUGGCUUCUAUCCAAAGUAAUAAAUAAAAAAAUCCAGCAGUAGUGAGUGUGCUCAUCAGUCCAUGCAAACCAACCGGUAUGCAUACAGAUGGCCUCCCCAACCCUUCAUUGGUCACUUUGCAACAAACCUCUAGAAAACGGGCUUUUUGGUUUGGUUUGGUUUUUCAGUAGGGAACCUUGGCCAGGCUAGUCACCACCCACCCAAGUUUGGUUUUCUGGGGGUGCGGGGUUAGGGUUCAGCUCUCUAGGGCCUGGGGCUCCCAACCCCUCUGCUUGUAGCCGCACCUAGCUCUGUGUUCCAGAUCCAGUGCCAUCUCCUAGGAGGUACCAAAUCAUUUCUGGCCUUGGGGUUAAGAUCAUCCAGCACUCAG